AUGGAGAGCGGCCCUGACAGCCCGCAGCCUCUGGAACUCGGGGUGGCGGCGGGACGAGAGUCGCCGCCGGAAGGGCGACGGCACGACGGGCGCGAGGCUGAGGAUGGUCUCGCAGGACGCGCGGUGGAGAGCGGCGGGCAGGGGGCGGCGGCCGCGCGGAGCAGCCCCGGGGACCCGACGCUCCCCUCGCAGCUCGGCAGCGGCGCGGGCUCGGACUUGAAAGACAGCGCGUCGCCGAGCCCCGCCGCCUCCGAGGCGCCUCCGAGAGGGCAGCGCAAGGUGACCGCCUCCCCAGAGCUGGCCGAGGCCGCGGCGGGCCGAGGGUCGGGGCCAGUGGGAGACGCGGGCACCUGCGGGGUGGAGCAGGCAGCCGAGGAGCCCAGCAGCGCCGGCGCCCUGAGCAGCAGCUGCAGCGAGCCGAGCCCCCCAGGGGACUCGCCCAGCUUGGACUCUCUGGAGUCUUUCUCCAACCUGCAUUCUUUCCCCAGUAGCUCUGAGUUCAAUAGUGAAGAGGGAGCGGAGACCAGGGUCCCCGAAGACGUGGAGGAGGGCGCGGCGGGGCCGCCCAGGGCUGCACCGCUGUGCAGAGAGGAGGAGGAGGACCCGGCUCAGGUGCUAGCGGCCUCCAAAGAACGCUUUCCCGGCCAGUCAGUGUAUCACAUCAAAUGGAUCCAGUGGAAAGAGGAGAACACGCCCAUCAUCACCCAGAAUGAGAAUGGCCCCUGCCCUUUGCUGGCUAUCCUCAAUGUUUUGCUUCUGGCCUGGAAGGUGAAACUUCCACCAAUGAUGGAAAUCAUAACUGCGGAACAGCUGAUGGAAUAUUUAGGCGACUACAUGCUUGAGGCAAAGCCAAAAGAAAUUUCAGAAAUUCAACGUGUAAAUUAUGAACAGAAUAUGAGUGAUGCUAUGGCGAUAUUGCACAAACUACAGACAGGCCUGGAUGUGAAUGUCAGGUUCACUGGGGUGCGAGUGUUUGAGUACACACCAGAGUGCAUAGUCUUCGAUCUUCUAGAUAUUCCUUUGUAUCAUGGGUGGUUAGUGGAUCCUCAGAUUGAUGACAUUGUAAAAGCCGUUGGCAACUGCAGUUACAACCAACUGGUGGAGAAGAUCAUCUCCUGUAAGCAGUCAGAUAACAGCCAGUUGGUUAGUGAAGGCUUUGUAGCUGAGCAGUUUCUAAACAAUACAGCCACCCAACUGACGUACCAUGGAUUGUGUGAACUGACUUCAACGGUUCAGGAAGGAGAACUCUGUGUGUUCUUUCGGAAUAAUCAUUUUAGCACCAUGACAAAACACAAGGGUCAACUGUAUUUGUUGGUAACAGACCAGGGGUUUCUUACUGAAGAAAAAGUUGUCUGGGAAAGCCUACACAAUGUAGAUGGUGAUGGAAAUUUCUGUGACUCAGAAUUCCAUCUGCGACCUCCUUCAGAUCCUGAGACUGUGUACAAAGGUCAGCAAGACCAAAUAGAUCAGGACUACCUUAUGGCACUGUCACUGCAACAAGAACAGCAGAACCAAGAGAUCAACUGGGAGCAAAUUCCAGAAGGAAUCAGUGACCUGGAGUUGGCGAAGAAACUCCAAGAGGAGGAGGACAGACGAGCCUCUCAGUACUAUCAGGAACAGGAGCAGGCACAGGUGGCUGUGGCUGCCACCACAACUUCCACACAGGUCCAGCAGAGCCAGCCAGCACAACAAGCCUCUCCAUCAAGUGUAAAACAGCCUGGAAAUAGUGAACGGAAACGCAAGGAACCUCGGGAAAAAGACAAAGAGAAAGAAAAGGAAAAAAAUAGCUGUGUGAUUUUGUAGGAAGUGCUGGCAUCUGUGGGAACCACCUAUGCAGGUGACGGAAAGGAAGACCCAGUACCUACCGUCUGUGCCUGAUCUCCCAAUGGAUUUUGCUCUUGUUUUCCAGGGGAAGGUUGUUACUUUAUUACAAUCAACUUUUUUAAGUUACACAAUACACUCUUUAUGAGCUGGAGUUUUAUGUAACAAGUUGGAACUGUUGUGUGUUGUCACUUGUAGCCAAAUAAGUAUAUCACCCUAUUUUGUGUUUAGUGACAUGGCAACUCUAAUCAGUUAGUAAGCUACUGUGUUGUCUGACAAUGGAUGGAGGUCACUGAGUGAGUCCAAUCCUUCUCAAGAUGUAAUUAUUAGCACAACUGUUUCUGAAACAUUUAUGUUAAAUUAUGUCCUAAUACAUAAAAAAAUGAGGAGUUUAAUAUAGGGAGAGAGAAGAAGCAGGAAUAAAUGACCCUUCAUUGUACAUUGAACUGGUUCAGCCCUUGAACAGCUUUAUCUUUCGUUAGUAAUGUACAUUUUAGCUAUUAUCUUGAGAACUCAUAAUAGAGCUUGGAUCCAAUUUAGAUAGAAAAAUAUGUUUUAUUUUCCAAUAGCAAAAAACAAAAAAUUACAUGACACUAAUACGUAUAACCUAUCUAAAUCACAUACUGACUUUGUAGUGUUGUGAGGACGAAUUUUAACAACUUUAGGUAACCUGAAUGGUGUUUGUUAAGGGUUAAUAUGUGAGUGAGGAGGAGACCACACUCAUGUUCAGCCUUGUAAAUAUGAUGGCAGAGAAGAGCAGAGUUCACUGUCUACCUUUUUCUAGAAUUGCCUUGAACCUUAAAUUUUAAAUCAUGUUUAUUGCUAGAAAAUUAAGCAUAGUUAUUUAAACCAAUAAAAAGCACAUUUCUGAAGGAGAGUUAAUCUCUUGACUCUAGUGAAAAGAUAUUAAUAAAAUUUUGAACAUAGCAGGAAUCUGAAGGAAUUUAUGUAAAAGCAACCAGAUUUUUUAACUUAUGAGAACCAAAUAAACCUAAGACAUCUAUCAUUUAUAGGCUUCUAAAAGAAUAUUUACUCAGCUUUGUGAUGAGGCAGCACAUAUUGUAUUUCUAGAUCAAGUGUGGAAAACUAUCCUUAACAGUCCUUUUUAUAUACUUUGUAUUUAAAGUUUGUUUCAGUCAUUUCUAAAGAUUAUUGCUGGUGCAGAUAGCUGUGUGAUUUGCCCUAAGCCUCAGUAAACUUGUUUAUUCAGGAAUAUCACAAAUUGAAUGUCCAGUCAGAGAAUAUUUCUUGUGGUUUGGAGGCAACGAAAGACUACCAAAAAAAAAAAAAAGGUAGUUCAGAGUUUCUUGAGAUUAUUGUCAUUAACAUUCUCCAUGAUCCCAACCAGCUGUAGGAUGAAUCUGUAUGUAAAAAGUAGAGUUUUCUUUAUGAAAAGUAUUAUUCCUUUAUAUCCUCCUAUAUUACGUCUAUUUAUGUUGUUAUUUCUUCAGACUUCCUAUGCUAGCAUGGGAACCAAUCAGAGAACCUGCCAGGGUAUAAAAUUUGUGUAUAAAAUACUUGGUAAGUCUCUAGAUUCCAGCCUAGAGUGAGUGUGAAUUGUCAAGAGCUCAGACCCCUUUGGGUGGACUGACCUCAGCAUAAACACCCAUGAUAAAUAGCACUCUGGUGAUUAAAGGAGAAAGCUCAAACCUCAGGGUUUGCUUUUCCCAGAACAGUCUAUUAUUUUAAUCUAGAAAACAAUAAACCUUGAGUAAUUUUUAAAAAUAUACUUGAGGCAUAUUUUUCCAUAGUUAUAUACAAUAUCUAUUUAUUGCCCUUGAAGAAUCUAUAUAUAAAAGUUGUGUUAUUAUCUUAAUUUGUUCCAAAGAUAAUACUGCCAUACUGCAUUCCCUCUAGAAGAAAUAAAGAGCAAAACAAACACAACUCACUCAAAACCAGCAUUGCUGCUAUCAGAUAUGCCAAUGUGCCCUUAUGACAAGCAAUGCGUUGUGUUUGUUAAUCCAGUUUUGUCUUAUCAGAUUUGCAAGUUGGGCUUGGCUACAUUCCUGGAAUUGUUUGAUAUCAAGAGUCAUAUUUGUUUGAUUACUCUGGGGGAAAUUAAAUGUUUGACUCUAUUAAAACAAAUUUCUGAGAUGCUUUCCUGUCUUCAAAGGUUGUCAAGGAUCUAAACUGCCGUGUGCUUAUUUCCUAUGCUUUGCUCAAGGUAGCAAGUGAUAGAUAUUCAAGCAUAUUGUUGCUUAUUUGGGUACAUAGGACUUUGAAAAUGGUAUUUUGAGGGAUUUUUUGCCUCACAAUACUUUGUAAUACUUGAAAUUAUUAUACAUAUCUUGCUAACAGACAUUAGAUUUUAAACAUUUUGGAGCUUAAUGUUUCUAGGUUAAAUUUCAGGCACAUUUGCCUCAUGUACCCAUUCAGCAGGAGAGCUGGUAGAAGGCAGGUGGAGAAGAAGAUACGGUCCUUGGCUUUUCUCUUGCUUUCAAAGCAUAGUCUUAAGAUUAGUGGCCAGUCUUAUUAACGUGUACUUUAUGAGUAACCCCAUUGUAUCAACAGUGCUAUGACUUGUACUAGUCUAUCAAUAUCUUAAAGCGUGUGUAUGUGUUUCUGAAGCAGGUUUCCAUGACUUCUGUUUGAGUCCCAAAGCAAAGCUUCCAAACAAAUUUAAAAGUUGUCAUUUAAAAACUAUGCACACGCAUACACCAGAUUUAGGAGUGUCACCCAGCGGUAGAGCAUUUUCCUGGAAUGCUCAAGGCCCUGGGUUCAAUCCAUUGAACACAUAUAAUGUAUAGACACACUGAGCGGUAUGGUGUAAAGUAGUUAAUCAUGGCAUUGACUUUAUGCCCAGCCAGUGUUCAUCGGCAGAAUAAUUUCCUUCAUGUUUUUUAUUUGUUUGUUUGUUUUGGUGUUUUUGAAGACAGGGUUUCCCUGUGGCUUUGGAGGCUGUCCUGGAACUCACUCUUGUAGACCAGGCUGGUCUCACAGAGAUCUGCUUGCCUCUACCUCCCGAGUGCUGAGAUUAAAGGCGUGCGCCACCACCGCCCGGUUUCCUCCAUAUUUUAAGGUAAGGCUAGGAUUUGAGCAAAACAGAGGCUUAAGUUUGGGAUUAGGUUUAUCUGUCUUGUUUGUAUUGCCUCACUUUUCUUUGACAGUUAAUCCCAUAUUAUGUUUUGAAUGCUUCCUCCUGUUCCUUGAUCUUGGCUUACCUAAGCAAGUUAUUACCAGAUAUAAGUUGACUAAACUCAUCUUGGCCAUUCUGUAUUCCCACAAAAGCUUCAUAGCAUUUUGUUUUCUGGGAAUCAUAAACUCAGUGCAGACCUUGAGGAUCAGAGGGCAGUUGUGAGGAAAAGGUAUGACUCAUGAUUACUGUGUUAGCAUGUGAACAGAUGUCUGUAAAAUCCUAGCAAAUCAAGGCAAGAAUUUCUAGAAUUAUCCUCAGUCAUGCUUAAAUUUUUAGACAUGGUCUUGCUGUGUAGCCACCUAACCUGAAAUCAACUGUUGGAGCCCUAGUUACCUUCAAACCCAGAAUCCUCCUGCCUCAGCUUCUCACUGCCAUGAUUACAGGUAUAUGUUACCAUACACAGCUUGUUUAAACUCUUUCAAAAAGUAAACAGCAAACUGAUUGCAUUUUGCUUAGCUUUAUUAUUUGACAGAAAGCUUAAAGGUUUGCACUUACCAUUGCCUUAGGCAUAUAAUUUAAAUUGAAAAAUUAAAUGUUUGACAAAAUAAAGGCAAAGAUAUUAAAGAUAGUCACUCAUAUUUUAAGGAAUUAGGUAUGUGAAAUUCUGAAUAAUUAGAGGUUUGAAACCUUUGUCUGGGCAUAAUAAUACACACCUUUGGGGAGGCUGAAGCUGGAGGAUCCUGAGUUCAGGGCCAGUCUGGGCAAGUAGUAAGACCCAAUCUCCAAAUGCAAACCUGACUUUGGCUUGUUUUGGCAAUCAUUGUGCACCUUGGUUUACUCUAUGUGUAGGGUUCUCCUCUCCCACCACUCCCUAGUGCUUGGUUCUCCUGAGUAAAUGCCACACUUUGAUCACCGAGACUUACUGAGAUCAUCACAGACACUGCACAUCCUUUGUUUUGGAUGUGCAGACUUUUAUGAUGACUUAAAUCAGUUUUUUUAAUGCUGUUGGAAUUUGUAAAAUUAUUUCAAAUGUGGCAUCAUGGCUUUCAAAAAUACAUUUUGCAGUUGCUUUUGUAUUCGGUAGACUAGCGUCAAGACUAGGAGUAUUUGGUGUAUAAAAUGCACUUCACAGACCUGUUCUCCAGAUAGCUUUUCAGAUCUAAGCAUUUAGAGCCCCUUGUCCUUUCCCUCCAGAGGAAAGCAGCAUCAGGAACUGGCUGUUCUCUCCACUGCUGUCAGUGUAGACUACUUAUGUGUGGUUUAGUGUGAAAAUGGACUCUGAUGGUAUGCAAGUCAGCUCCUUUAGACAAAGUGAGAAAUCAUAAAGGAACGUUUGAAUUUUAAAGAGUCCUUGGUCCUCUGAUAAUUUAGCCUCUUUUGUUACUACCCAACACUUUUUAAACUGUUAAGGGGAAAAGUUAUGAAGAAUUGAGUUUACUUUUCUCAGGUAACAGUUGAAAACAACUUUUAAAAUUAAAAGCUCCCUGAAGGACAUAAAUCGGAGAAGAUAAAACAGGAGGGUACCUUGCAGAAUGUUGGAAAACUUACUUUGAAAAUCUAUCUAAAAUGUAAUUCAUGCAUGUCUUUACUUAAUCCUGUUAUCUGUUAUUAGGAAAUAGAGCUUAACAAAUUGAUAUAUGCAUAUAUUUUUUUACAUGUAGGACUAUAGUUUCUAUCUUCUAAACUCAAGAAAACUAAACUGAAUAAACAGGGUAAAAAUCUUCAACUCUUGCCUCAAAUUCAAUUUGCCCUUUGUCCUGACAAAGGUUAGUUAGACUUGUCUAGUAAGCUGGUAUCUUUUAGGGCAUGACACCCUCCCAUUAACUAGUUGAAAUACCAUGGAAGAGAUAGGAAAUCCAAGCUUUGCCCCAUGGUAAAGUUAAAGAACAAAAGCUCCUUAUCCCAGAAAGUGCCCACUUCAGCAUGAAUUAUAAAAACUUUCUCAGCUCACAUAGUAACUUGUCACUGGUCACCUUUUCAAUGUUCAAUCCUGUACUGUCACAUCUAGAUUAGAGGAUGCACAGUGCAGAGCCCCUUGGUAGGCAGUCUGAGCUCCUUUGGCUCCAGUAGUCAUUUCACAGCUUUAUGUAGAAAGUCGGGGAGCUGAAUUGCCCAUUAUAAAUCAUAAAUCACUGAAGACACCCUAACAGAAAUGCCCUAGGAAGCAGUUAUAACUCAUGGAAUGAGUUUUAAGAGAUUGGUGUUUGUUUAAUCUUUGAAGAUGUCUGGUCUGUCAGAAUGUUUGUUGCUGUUCUUUCCCAUCCAUUAUUUGUAUGACAUAACCACUGUGAAAGAGUGUCUCUUCUCUUCCCAGUUUUGGUUUGUUUUUAGUAAAGCGUUGCUCUAGUACUUUUUGUUAAGACUUAUUUUCCUCAGUAAAAUGACAACUUAUUGCAGAUCCACAUAGGACCAGAUAAUAGAAGACUGAUGUGUGGCUGCUAAAUGACAGAAGGGAUAAUUUCCCAGGAAGGUCAUUUCUUAAUGCCCCUUGAUAUGGGCUGCAUAAGUAGGUUGAAACAUAGAUUUGGGAGAGCAAAGAGUUAAAUGGAUUGAGACUGAAACUCAUUUUGAACAGUAGUAAGGAAAAGAAACAGGGUUUCUUCCCCCCCUUCAGUGUGAGAUUAAUUUGGUCUGACACAGGAGCUGUGUGUUAGCUGAAAUAAGCUGUGAGAACUGACCGUGAGGACUGGGUGCCUCCACUCACCUCUCCUGUCUGUCCCAGCACUUUUUCUAACAGUUCCUUCUUCUGCUUUAAAUGCAAGAGAAGAAUAAGGACACAGAAGCACUGGGAUAUGUUCUUUGAAAAAAAAGACACCUAAAAUGCACCUACCAUCACAGGGCUGAACUCAUUUCUAUGAAAUAAACUUAGUGUUUUAAAUGCUAACUAUGCUAAGAAUGCCUCUAAAAAUUGUCUUAAAUUUCAAGUUUCACUUUUGGAAACUAUUCCUGAAAAGACAUUGAAUACAGGUGGGAAAGUUAAAAUGUUUCAGUAUUAUUCAGUGUUUAAUCUCAAGUUCGUUGUUGUAACACAAGUGUAGUGUUAUCGUUGGAUUAAAAUGUUGGAUGUUUUUGUUAAUAUACUUAAAACUGUAACCAGUGAAUAACAUCGUAGCAUUUUUUAUUAUAGAUUAUAUUUUAUUUCAAUAAACUUUGAUAUUUAGACCGAA